CGCUGUGGCUGUCCUUCCCGCACACCUCUGGUUUCUGAUCUCUUCAUCCAAACAGUAACCACAAACAAACUACGCCAGAAAACAAAAACCUCCCUCCCUCCUUUCUUUCAUCAAAUUUCCUUUUCUAGAAAGGAAAAAAGAAGAAUGACAGUAAACUUAGGCUCCUCCUCCCGCCUCGCUCUCUUGUUCUCACACUCUCCUCCUCCUCCAGUCUCCAAACUCUUUCCAAAACCAAACUACACUACUACUGCCACUCUCAUCUCCCUCGUAUUUUCUUUCAAUAAAACCACUCCAUUCCUUUCCACUUCAAGAACACCGUCCUUAAAACCACUCCCUUUUUCCCUAAGCCAAUCCGAUAACGAAAUCGUAGACAACACCAACUCUGUGUUAUCACUAAACGAAGAGUCACUUUCUAGAAUCUCCGCUGCUAAAGACGCCAAUGAAGCAUUACAAAUUAUCGCCGAAAUUACUAACAGAAGGAACGGUUUAGUUAGUGUAACCGAUUGUUGUGGUAUUAUAACUGCCGCCAUUGAUCGCUGCAAUGCCGAUUUGGCUCUCUCUGUUUUUUACGCUAUGCGUUCCAGCUUCGACCAAGGUGAUACUGAGAUUGAGAGAUGGAAAUGGUCACGGCCGGAUGUCAGUGUUUACACGUCAUUAGUUCAAGGUCUUGCUGCGGCUUUGAAGGUUUCUGACUCUCUUAAGAUGAUUGAUUAUAUUUGCCGCAUUGGAGUAUCGCCUAGCGAAGAGGUUCCGUUCGGGAAGGUAGUAAGAUGUCCAACUUGUAUGAUAGCUGUUGCUGUUGCACAACCUCAGCAUGGCAUUCAGAUUGCAUCUUGUGCCAAGUGCCGAUACCAGUAUGAGCUUGUUUCUGGGGAUAUCACUAGUAUUGACUCAGAAGCAAUCAGCAUGGAUCUUCCAGCUUGGGAAAGGGGGCUGAGAUUUUUGCAAAUAAUGAAGCAAAGUAUUCCUGCAGCUGUUCACUCCAUUGUGGUACAGACCCCUUCUGGUAUGGCACGUACACAGAGAUUUGCUACUGAAACAGUUGACCUUCCAGCACAAGAAGGUGAAAGGGUGACCAUUUCUUCAGCAGCUCCAUCAAAUAUUCAUAGAAAUGUUGGCCCCUUUAAAUUUAGUCCAAAGGCACCCAAUGUCUACCCUGGAGAACCUUUGUGCCUGAUGAACCAUGAAAAUGAUCGGGAGUCACUUCUGUUAAGAGCCCCUGUAAAAGAUGGAAAGUUAUCCUUGCUUAGCCCUUCUGUCCUUGUUCCACUUCUUGCUGUCUUGGCUACUGGAGACGCUGCAUCUGGUAUUAUUGAUCCCAGCUUGCCCCAGUUCCUUUUAGUUCCUGCUAUUUCUUCUCUGGGUGUUGGAGCUAGUCUAAAUAAACUAGUUCUCCCGAGAUUGAACCAGCUUCCUCAAAAGUCAGUGGAUGUAACUGCAAUCAAGCAGAAGUUGUUAUCUCAAUAUGAUGUACUUCAGUCUCGCAUCAAGGAACUAAAAGAAGCAGCUGAAAAAGAGGUAUGGAUGUUGGCUCGGAUGUGUCAGCUGGAGAACAAAAUUUUUGCUGUUGGAGAACUUUCUUAUCGUGCUCGUAUGGAUAGGGUGAAAAGGGUCCGAGAAGGAUUGGAAAAGUCACUCAAAGGACUGAUUGGACUCAUCGAUAGCUAUGCAAGAAUUUCUUCCAUGAUUGAAAUUGAAAUUGAAAUGGACUCUGAUGUUCUCGCUGCUGAAGCAAUGAGCAAUGUGGAAAGCAUUGCUGAAAAGAUACAGAAAAUUAUGGAACUGGAAAAUCUUGAAGAGAGAUGGAGACUACAAGCUGAAGCAAAUGAUGAGGCUGAAAGACUACUUAGUUCCCAACCUGUACCUACCGAGCAGGUUUAGCCAUGGUUCUGGUUAGAAUUCAGCCACUGACUUCCAGUUUGCGAAGUGUUACAUUGAUAUACCUUAGGCCCCUGCUCAAGAAGAUGUGCUCGGUUGAAUCAUCUAAAAAGCAGGCAGCAAAUACACUAGCGUGAAUGCUAACCCAUGAUCAGAACUACCAUAAAUUGUACAUCUAUGCGUAGAUAUGGAGGAUCAGAAGCUAGCUGCUUGGUGGUGUCACAGCCGAAAACUUUUCUGGAACUCAUUGAGUAAUUAACUCAUUCAAGCAACAAACGUAAUUCUCAAGUGUUUGAACGUAUGUUAAUGGAAAUCGUAAAAUAGAUCACCUCACGUGAAUGUUGUAACACUCAUGUCUGUACAGAUAUGGGGACUUGCUUAUAAUUUUCUUCCUUAUUAUUGUAGUUAAUUUCUGAUUAUUCUGCAGAAAGAAGUUAGAACCAUUCGUGUUUCCUUUUGUGAAUCCCGGAUUACGUCAACAAUGAAUAGGAUGUCAAGGUGUCUC